AUGUCGUCCUCAAUGGAUCACGACAUGCACAUGACUGGCAUGUCCGCGACUGCCACUGCCACCAUGUCCAUGGACCACGCCACCAUGUCUAUGGAGAUGCCAGCUUCCACCUCUGCUGCCAUGGAUAUGGACCACGGCAUGGGCAACGGCUGCAAGAUUUCUAUGCUCUGGAACUGGAACACGGUUGACUCCUGCUUCAUCGCCGAGACCUGGCACAUCACCUCGAAAGGCAUGUUCGCCGGCUCCUGCAUCGGCGUCAUCCUCCUCGUCAUGACCCUCGAGCUCCUCCGCCGCUCCGUCAAGGAAUGGGACCGCUUCCUCCUCCGCCAGCACGCCGCCAAGUUUGAAGGAUCCGCUCCCGCCGCCGCUGCUGCCACCGGUUCCGACAGCCCCAAGGUCGCUUCUCCAGUCGCCUGUGCUACUCCUCUGCCUCCGUUCCGCCCCAAUGUCUGGCAGCAGGCUAUCCGUGCGCUGCUUCACAUGAUGCAGUUUGCCGUCGCUUACUUUGUUAUGCUACUCGCCAUGUACUACAACGGGUACUUCAUCAUCUGUAUCUUUAUCGGCGCGUACCUGGGUGCCUUUAUCUUUCAGUGGGAGACUCUGAGCGGAGGUCAGAACACGAGUGCCUCCCGCGAGGCUACCGUCUGCUGUGGUUAA